AAGAGGUUGAAGAGGAGAGUUAAGUUAACGGAGACGGCGGUGGAAGAAGGAAGUAUUCGUUAUAAUAGUAGUAGUGUUAACAUUCUUUUGUUUAAUAUUUCUUCUCGUUUUCUAUCAGUCUUCUCUCCCUCUGGUUCAACGGACAAAGUGUUUUUCGAAGAAAGUUUUGGUUUAUAACGUUUCCUUCUUCUGUUCGCGAGAUCUUAAUUCUGUCUAUCCGGAUGAGCUGCAGUUCAAAUCCAGCUGCUUAUUCAGGGGAAGAGAUGGUUUUGUAGGAGGAGACUGGUGAAGUGAGAAGAAUUGAGGAUCAGUGGAUGGAAAACAAGCAGUUAACAGCUGCUUCGAGCUCGUCUGUGUCAGAAGGCAGUGGCAAUAGUCUCCUCAAGUCAACUGUAGUUGCAAGUCCUGUCACAGCAUCUCCAACACCUGGGAGGCCUACUGGACCUAUAAGACGAGCAAAAGGUGGCUGGACUCCUGAGGAGGAUGAUACGCUGAGAACAGCUGUUACAAUGUAUAAGGGGAGGAGCUGGAAGAAAAUAGCGGAAUUCUUCCAGGAUAGAACAGAGGUUCAGUGUCUGCACCGGUGGCAGAAAGUACUUAAUCCACAGCUAGUUAAAGGGCCCUGGACUCAAGAGGAGGAUGAUAAAAUUAUAGAACUUGUUAAAGAAUUCGGGCCUACGAAAUGGUCUGUUAUUGCCAGGUCUUUACCAGGUCGUAUAGGGAAGCAAUGCCGUGAAAGGUGGCACAACCAUUUGAAUCCUUGUAUUAAAAAGGAUGCAUGGACCGAAGAAGAAGAAGUAGCUCUUGUGAAUGCCCAUCGAAGACAUGGCAACAAAUGGGCCGAAAUAGCUAAAGGCUUACCCGGCAGGACUGAUAAUGCGAUAAAGAACCACUGGAACAGUUCAUUGAAGAAAAAGUUAGAUUUUUUCUUGGAUGGCUUUCCCAAUUGUGUUCCUGACACUGCCCAAGAUUCCAAGCAGUCUAGUGCUACUACUAAGCCUUCAUCUUCUUGUCAAAACAAGGAUUCUGAUUCAGUUGCCCAAACUUCUUCCGGGGCUACAGAUAUGAACAAAUCAGAUGAAGAUGGAAGAGACCACCAUGUCAAUUCUUCAGCUCCUCCGCUUGAAGAAGCAGCUGCUUCAUCAAAAACCUGUCUUAAUGGGUACGCUUGCUCUCCAGCUGUGGAGAACAAGCCUCAACUCCGAAAUUUCGAGUCAUUUACAGAGAAUGGAGACAGAUUUGGAACUCCAAAGCAUGGUUUGCUGUACUAUAAGGCUCCUCCUAUUGACUUUCACUUGCCAUCAGAAGCGGAUUUCCAACGUUUGUAUGGGCAUUCGCAUGAAUGUGGUUGCUGUCCCGGUACAUCACCAGUUAGCUUCUUCACUCCACCUUGUAUGAAGGGUAGUAGUUUAGCUACAAGAAGCCCUGAAUCUUUCCUGAGAGAGGCUGCUAAGACUUAUCCAAACACACCCUCUAUCUUUAGGAAAAGACGGAAAAUUUCUACAGAGAAACGAGAGGAUAAUAGCAUCGGGAAAACAGAUGCCAGCAGUGGAGCUAAGGAGACUGAUAGAAAGGAAAACCCUGAAGAUAGUUCAGGGAAGUCUCCAGCUCGGAGAGAAGACUUGCCAGAGAGGACCGAUGAUUGUCAAGAUAAAGAAAACCUCGGGUCAAAUGGUGGCAGUGCUUACAAUUUGUCUCCCCCAUAUCGGCUAAGGCCCAAAAGAACAGCAGUCUUCAGAUCGAGACAGCUUGAGUUUAUGUCUGAGAAAGAGAAACCUGGUGAUGAAACCAAAUCAUCUGAGGUUACAUUUGAGAAGGAUAAGUCAGAUGGGGAGACCAAAUCUCAUUGUUAGAAGGAACUUUCUUCCCUUCAAAGCAGAAAUCUUCAUUCUUUUGCAUAGAUGGAAAUCACCAUCAUGAAAAGUCUCUUCAUUCUCUUUCUCCGAGCUCUUGGAGAGGUGACAAAACUGGGUUUUCGAUUCUUCUUCAUCUGACACAGUAACCAAGAAUGCACACACACUCCUCAGAUACACAGACAACUAUUCUUUCUUUUUUGCUGAUUUUCCUGCAUUUCCUGCAAAUGGGGAAGGCUUGGUUAGGUUAGAGAUUAUAUUUUUGUUUACUUCUAACCAAUUAUUUAUGUACAAAACUACUACUUGGUGAUGAAGAUUUGGUAAUUGAUUCUUUAUGGUCUUU